GCUCGUCGCCGCUCGCUCCCCGGCCGGCGCUGUGUCUUCUGCGCCUCCAAGAUGAGCGGGCAGCGGCGAGCCGGCUGCCGGAACCCGCUGUGCCUGCAGUCCAUUAUUCUAGCGUGUUUCGGAAGUGAAAAUUUCCACCUGGAAAAGAAGCUGGUGUGAGGUCUGGAAGUGGUUUUACCAGGCAACCUCCACUGCAGAUGGCCAUUGCUCAUCCAGUAUCUGACCAGCUUCCCUGGUUUUUGAUGCGGAAGCAGGAUUGUUUUAACUAAAGAUGGAAACACUGGAGUCGGAAUUGACCUGCCCAAUCUGUUUGGAGUUAUUUGAAGACCCUCUGUUGCUGCCGUGUGCUCACAGCCUGUGCUUCAGUUGUGCCCAUCGCAUCCUGGUGUCCAGCUGCUCCUCCAGUGAGUCAAUAGAGCCCAUCACAGCAUUCCAGUGCCCUACCUGCAGGUAUGUCAUCUCCCUUAACCACCGCGGCCUAGAGGGCCUCAAGCGGAAUGUGACCCUGCAGAACAUUAUAGAUCGCUUCCAAAAGGCUUCUCUGAGUGGCCCCAACUCCCCUAGCGAGAGCCGCCGAGAGAGAACGUACCGCAAGAGCCCUGCCAUGUCCAGUGAAAGGAUAGCGUGUCAGUUCUGUGAGCAGGACCCACCGCGGGAUGCGGUGAAGACCUGCAUAACCUGCGAGGUGUCCUACUGUGACCGCUGCCUCCGGGCCACGCACCCCAACAAGAAGCCGUUCACCAGCCACCGCCUGGUGGAGCCCGUGCCAGACACACACUUCCGAGGACUCACUUGUUUGGAGCACGAGAACGAGAAAGUGAACAUGUACUGCGUUGCAGAUGACCAGUUGAUCUGUGCCUUAUGCAAACUGGUGGGACGCCACCGGGACCACCAGGUGGCAUCGCUGAGUGAUCGAUUUGAGAAGCUCAAGCAAACCCUGGAGAUGAACCUCACCAACCUGGUUAAACGCAAUAGUGAACUAGAAAACCAGAUGGCCAAGCUGAUACAGAUCUGCCAGCAGGUGGAGGUGAACACAGCCAUGCAUGAGGCCAAGCUGAUGGAGGAGUGUGAUGAGCUCAUGGAGAUCAUCCGGCAGCGCAAGCAAGUGAUCGCCGUCAAGAUCAAGGAGACGAAGGAGGACACCAAAGUCCACCAGAAACUUUUGAAAAGGGUGGCAUCCAGCCUUAACCUUCCAGCUGAGGAGGUAGAGGAACCCUCGGACUCCCUCUUCGAUGUCCUUUUGGCUACAGCGCUGGCCAGGGUGGCUCUCCCACUCCAUGAAGGGGAGCGUGUUAAGAAGGAGUUUAAGACUCUGGUCAAAGAGGGCACAGCUGCCGCCAGGGUGGCCCUUCAGGGAGCCUUGGAUGCUGCGGAUACAGCUGCAAGAUCUACAGCCUCCGUGGUGUCCAUGAAGAGAGUGUUGUGGUUCCUGUUAUCGGGGUUGUCCAGCAAGGCACAAAACUCCUUGCAGGACCUCCCAUUCGAUGGCAAGGCCCUGUUCUCAGAACAAACAGACGUGAAGUUACACGGUCUUAAGGACUCCUGCACAACAUUAAAGACUCUUGGUCUCUAUGUUCCGGCCCCGGCCAGGACCAAAUUCAAACUGCAGCAGGCCCCCAGUCAGGCCACCAACUCCAGAUACGAGCCCCCUUAUAAAAAAUCAAGGGACUAUAAAAAGCGCCCACAACGGCAAUCCCGGCCUGCACCCCAGCCUGAGCCCUGUAAGGGCAAGCAGGCGGGAGACUGGUACGCCACCCUCGAUCUACAGGACACGUACUUCCACAUUCAUAUAUUCGAGGGCCACAGGCGUUUCCUCCGCUUCACGGUAGGACAGGAGCACUACCAGUUCACUGUCCUCCUGUUUGGCCUAUCGACAGUUCCCAGAGUCUUCACAAAGUAUAUGUCUGUGGUAGCGGCCUACCUCAGGCGUCAGGGGGUCCAGAUCUUUUCCUACCUUGAUGACUGGCUGGUCAAAGGCAGCUCCAGGGCACAGCUUUCCUAUGCUUUCCCCCUGAUUCCGCUGAUCGCCAAAGUCUUGGAAAAGAUAAAGACGGACAGGGCUCGUGUCCGUCUGAUCGCCCUGGCAUGGCCCAGGCAGCACUGGUACGGGACUCUCACGAGCUUGGCAGUCGCCCCGCCAUGGCUGUUUCCAACCCGCCCAGACCUGCUCUCCCAGGACUUCCUCCAUCCCAACCUAGCAGCCCUCCACCUCACGGUGUGGCUGCUCAACGGUCUGUACAACUCCAUGGAUAGCUGGAUGAUUGUCCCCAACAUCAAACAGAACCACUACACCGUGCACGGGCUCCAGAGUGGCACCAGAUACAUCUUCCUUGUCAAGGCCAUAAACCAAGCUGGCAGCCGGAACAGCGAACCUGCCAGGCUCAAGACAAACAGUCAGCCCUUUAAGUUGGAUCCCAAGAUGGCCCACAAGAAGCUGAAGCUCUCCAAUGAUGGGCUGCAGAUGGAAAAAGAUGAGAGCUCCUUGAAAAAGAGCCACACGCCUGAGAGGUUCAGCGGCACUGGGUGCUACGGAGCAGCAGGCAACAUAUUCAUCGACAGUGGGUGCCAUUACUGGGAAGUGAUGGUGGGAUCUUCAACCUGGUACGCCAUCGGCAUCGCCUAUAAAUCAGCCCCAAAGAAUGAGUGGAUUGGCAAGAACUCCUCAUCCUGGGUCUUCUCCCGCUGCAACAGCAACUUUGUGGUGAGACACAACAACAAGGAGAUGCUGGUGGACGUUCACCCACAGAUGAAGCGCCUGGGCAUCCUCCUGGAUUAUGACAACAACAUCCUGUCCUUCUACGACCCGGCCAGUUCUCUCCAUCUCCAUACAUUCAACGUUUCCUUCAUCCUGCCGGUGUGUCCAACGUUUACCAUCUGGAACAAAUCUUUGAUGAUCCUGUCAGGCCUGCCUGCUCCAGACUUCAUCGAUUACCCGGAGCAGCAGGAGUGUAACUGCCGACCGCAGGAGUCCCCAUACGUAUCAGGGAUGAAAGCCUGCCACUAAGCAGCAGCCAACCCCUGUCAUGCUCCACAGUGGAUCACAGGAAAUGUUUGUGGGGGCUUCUGAAAGCUGGGUUGGAAAGCAGGCCCUGCCGCCAGAGAAAUAACACUCGGCGAGUGAGCACCUCCCACAGGAAUCUCAUUUUUAAGGGAAAAACAAAACUUUAAAAGCGAUUGAAAUAAACUCUGUGGCUGAGCUCUGUGAGUGUGGGAAUACGGCUUGUGAAACUCCUUUGUAGCAGGAUGGCGUUCCUACAGCUGGACUGUCACAUGGCUUGUUUGGGGGUGAGCGGAGGGUGAUGUGGGCAGUGCUUGUUCCAGGGCCCCCUAGGAGUGUGGGCAAGGGAGGGGAUCCUGGGCAGAGCAGGGUGUGGCCUGGUAGGGGCCAGCUUGAGCACCAACCGGCUCCAUUGACCAUCGCCAUUCAGAUGGAGGGCUGCAAUCGGCCGCAUCUCAGGAAGGAUCCGUCACAUAAACAGCGUGGCUUUCAAUGUCACCCAGACAGGCGGCCGCAGCCAACCAUCCAGAGCCAUUCAACUGUAUGCAGAUUGUGAAAGUGGAACCCGCUCUAAGAGAGCCAUCCAGCUGCUUCACCUGCGGGGUGUGGCUGGUGUGUUUAGUUGACAGGGGCACACGCUUCCUCCCGCUCGGGGGGACGCUCAGACCUGAAAUCUGGCUCCCCCCAGUGCUCCCUCUUCUUCCGUUAUAACUGCCUCCUUUGGGAGGCCCUUUGUCAUUAUACAUCAGGGAGGCCCCAGCCAAGCCCACCUCUGGUUGAUAUCUGAUCUGUGAAAUGGAGCAAGCUGAGGCGUCUGUCCCCUCCAGUGCCCAUCUGGGGCCUGUGGAGAGCACAGGCCCCAUCAUGCAAUGCUGCUUCUUGAGGCUGGGCUAGGUCAUGCUCCAUGGUAGAGAUGCGUCUGGCCAAAGGAUGCACUGGUUUAAUGUAGGCCAUCCCCCUGGAAAGAGUGUGUGUUGGGAGUGGGGAAAGGGCCCAGUAUUACCUGGUGUUGCUGCUGCUGCCGCCAGGCAGGGGGAGUGGAAGCUGGCCAAACAGCACCAUCUCCAGAGAAGCAGGAGAGAGCCAGUGGGCCGUGGGAUGUAUAACUACUGUAGCGUACAAGGACUGUAUCCAUUAUUUAUGCCUCUGCACACAGCCCUGGUCAGAAUUCACUUUCUCCUCUGUACGUUGUGUUGGUGUGAGGGUUGACUGGGGGCUACAAGGGAGUAAAUCUGGAAGACCAAAUAUGAGCGCUGAUAGCAAGCAAGGCAGCCUGGCCGGGCAAAGUCCGUCUAGCUCGUUCUCUGUCCCAUGCUGGCUGGUUCUUGGGGUCGCCUCUGGAGUCAAUGCAGAGCCGUUCCUUUCACUCUGAAGUUAACCUAUGGGGCGGAGAUCAGAAUCCAGUCCCCGGGCCUUUAUGUUUGGGUAACUUUGCCCCCUCUCAUGCAGAGACUUGCCCAAGGUUUUUGUUUCCCAUGAAUCCCAGCUGGUCUGACCCUCCCUGGAAGGCACCUUGCGUCAUCACUUACGCUGGGACCGAGCAAGGGCAAGUUCUGCUAAUCCUCAGCUCUUCCCUUCCUGAUGCUGGGGGAGCGUGUUGCGUAGAUAGCUGUGAAUGACAACAGGAGCUGGGCAUGGGAGGAUGGGCCUGCAUGUGUCAGAGGAACCGCAGGUCAUGGGGAGACAGUGCCCAAAGCACACAGAAAGCUGCCUCGUGGGGCCUUUGAUCUGAAUUGGGAGAGGGAUAGGCAAUGUCUUAACUUUCAUAGGUGCAAAGGGAAUGCCGUCACCAGCAAGUGCGACUUACGAUGUCUCGGUUCCAGCUGCUUCUGCAGCUGUGGGAAGGUCUAGCCUGGGUUUGCAGCCUUCCACACCAGAGCCGGUCCUGCUGCAGACCCUCAUUCCAUGCUGUGGACAUGGCUGUCUGAAUAUCAGUCUACUGGCUUUUAAAGUCUGGUUCUUUCACACACAGCUGGUGCUGUUCUGCCAGGGACCCAGCAUCCAAACAGCUUUUAGAACUGGCGCUAACAAAACCUCCGUACCUUGGGAAGUCUCUCCUUUGGAACGAGGUUUGGCUCUUUUGUCCAGCCAAGCACCAGGCUGGCAGUAUUUGCUAGUGCCGGUCCAGGGGCCAGGUUCAGUGUGUUCUUUGGAAUGUCCCUUCUGUUAGUCUCUCCUUAGUUUUGUUGCAUGGGGCCAUGUGAUCCAGGACAGGAGAAGUUGCCCGACUGCCCUUGUGUGGCUUAAAACUCUGCUUAACUUUUCCUUGUUUCAAACAGGAAGAGACCUCUGGACCUUGCUGAUCAGAAAUCUACCUCAUAGCCCAACCUCCGGGGAGCAGGUGGAUUGAUUGAUCCAGGGGUAGUCUUAGUGUGUGUGCUACUUAGUGUUAGGAUGGAGUGGGCAGAGCAUGGCUCACCUGGCUGGAGGGAGAUUCCUGCCUAGUUUCAGGAG